AAUCAGAAUUUCAGUCGAGAAAAAGUUAAAGACAGUUUCUAAUCAAUAAAUAUCUAGGUUGUUACAAUGGAGGAUGAAAGUGGAUAUUAUGUAAAUGAGGUGGAUGGACUACCUAAUGAUCACCCGGCAUUUCCAUAUGAAAUCGAUGAGCCUGAAAAUACCGAAAACAUUGAUACAUUGGACGACUUACCAACAUCUAUCAUUGUUACAAAUAUCCAUUCUGAAGUUUUCCACUCUGACGAAUUGAAGGCUGAAAUGGAGGCACUAUUUCGAGAAUUCUCAGACGAUGUGACAUUUCACUGGCUCAAAAGCUUUAGAAGAUUGCGAGUUAAUUACACUAAUGCAAUAUCUGCUGCAAACGCUCGAAUACAACUUCAUCAAUAUAAAAUUAGCAAGUCUAUAAUCAAUUGCUACUUUGCACAGCCAGUUACUCCGAUAUCAAAUAAAAAUCUUCAGCCACCAGCUCCUGUGAAACAAUUUCUCAUUAGUCCGCCUUCAAGUCCACCAUUGGGAUGGCAACAAGCUGAAGAAACGGAACCGCAUCUCUUUAAUCAUGACUUGAUAGCUGCAUUAGCAAAUUUAAAUCCAGGCGAAGUACACGAAAUACAUGCUCCUUCCGAGAAUCAACCAGGCAUAUUGGUACACACAGCUAUUGUCCACGAUGAACAAGCAGCUGAUGACCCCGAGAGCGAAGAAGGUAAGAAGGCACGUAUGGGAAUUGUUCACACAAGAUGUCCCGAACGAACAUAAAUAUUGCGUAGUCAAACUUCAGAAAAAAUAUUAAGUAAAAUUUUAACAAGAUAUGAUGAUUAUGAACCGAGAGAGAGUGAGAGGAAGAUCUUAAUCUACUCUAAUUGUUGCAUAUAUGCGUUUCAUGUGAUCCAUUAAAAUCCAUUAGAUGUAUAGAUGAGUGAUAAUGAAAAAGAAAGAAAACUCAUUUUA